AUGAAUUAUUAUGAUAUUCUUGUGGAGAUGUCGGAUGUUGAGAUUGUUGGUAAUGAAAAUGUUGGUUUUGAGAAUAUGAGGGAUCUUGGGAUGAUAUUCAUUGUCUUUUUUGCUGUGGCGAACGCGAAAUAUAAUUUUCUAUACGUGAAUGCUGGGUGCCAAGGCAGAAUAUCUGAUGGCGGAGUUUUCAAAAACACCCAACUGUACAAGAAAUUAGAGAAAAAUGGUUUGAGUCUUCCACCAGCUGAACCUCUAAAUGGAAGAGAAAAAAGUAUACCUUUCUUUUUUCUUGGAGACGAAGCUUUCGCAUUGGCUGAAAAUCUUAUGAAACCUUUCCCAGGUCUACAUACUAAAGGGUCUGUGAAACGAGUUUAUAACUAUCGCCUCUGUAGAGCACGUCCAGUGGUGGAAAAUGUCUUUGGCACUUCUUCGGCAGUUUUCCGAGUGUUACGAAAGCCACUACUAUUGGAACCAGGAAAGGCCGAGUUAAUUGUAAUGACAAUAGCUUAUUUACACAAUUUUUUGAAAAGAAGUUGUAAUUCUUGUAAUGUCUAUACACCCCCCGGGACAUUCGAUACAGAAGUGGACGGUCGCCUUAUUGAAGGAAGCUGUAGACGGAUAAUUCCGAAUGAUGAAACAAUGACUUCACUACUUCCGUUGAGAAAUGUACCUCGCAGGUCAUGCAAACGUGCUCAAGAAAUUCAAGAAGAAUUGGCAGAAUAUUUUCAUGAAAGUCCAACAAUUUUCGCUCCUUUUGGGAUAUCUAUUCCGGGAUUACAAGGAUUCCUCGAGACGGAUGUUGAAUUAGCUCAACUGAUUAAAGAAAUAUUUCUCUGCUGCAUACCACCUGAAUCUCAGUAUAGGAAUAAUGGUUUUCAAGUAUAA